AUGGAAAUACACAAUCUUGAUAUUCAUCAAAUGGAUGUAAAAACAGCAUUCUUCAAUGGUGAGUUAGAAGAGGAGAUUUACAUGGAGCAACCUGAAGGUCAAGAAUACGGGAGAAAGUAUAUCACAACUAAGUCAAGUGAAGAAGGACAGAAUACUCUUAAUAGGAGGUCACCUAUGGUUCAUGGCCAAAAUGAACCAAGACAUGAGAACCAAGUACAGAAUAUGAAAGAUAUCUGUGGAGGUUCAAGGCCAGAAGCCACCAUCCCUGAUGCAGAAAUGAGUUGGAUUUUCUAUUCUAGAUUUGAGGUUGAUUUGGUCUAUACAGAUCAUGCCCACUAA